UUGUGUCUGUGGGCGUGGAUGAGCCGCUGUGGGCUGUGUGGUGGGAGCACACAGGGACAGACACACAGACACACAGACAGUAAGGUAACCAGGCAGACAGACACCCUGAAAGACAGACAGACAGACAGGUCCAACGUCACAGCCCUGGGGGCUGGAGCUGGGGCUCGCUGAGGGUUGGGACUGAGCUGCUGCUGCCCGGACCCAGUCGCAGAGGAAGGUACAGGAGAGGCGGGUCAUGGACAUCCAUGCAUGGCUCCGUCCUUUCACAGUAACGUUAUCAAAGCGGACGGAUAUUGACUGAAGCGUUGGUGUCGAUGCAAUGAAGCCCAGCCAGGUUCUUGUGUGAGCACCUGAGCACACGACAGGAGGCCUCUGACAGUUUACUGGACUGAUGGCUCCAGAGUGACAUGCCAUGGCUUUAAUGAUCCCCCCGGUGAAGCUCAAAUGGCUGGAGCACCUAAACAGCUCAUGGAUCACGGAGGACAGCGAGUCCAUCGCCACACGGGAGGGAGUCUCGGUGCUCUACUCAAAGCUGCUGGCCAACAAAGAGGCUGUGCUGCUGCCCCAGCAGGUGCUGUGUCUGAAGGGCCCCCAGCUUCCUGACUUUGAGCGUGAAUCCCUCUCCAGCGAUGAGCAGGAGCACUACCUGGACGCUCUGCUCAGCAGCCAGCUGGCCUUGGCCAAGAUGGUCUGCUCUGACUCUCCCUUCGCUGCUGCCCUGCGCAAACGCGUGCUGGUGCUCCAGCGCAUCUUUUAUGCACUUUCCAACAAGUACCACGACAAGGGGAAGGUCAAGCAGCAGCAGCACUCUCCAGAAAACAACUCGGGCUCUGCUGAUCUGCACUCUGUCAGCGAGCGGCCGCGCUCCAGCACCGACGCGCUCAUCGAGAUGGGUGUUCGCACUGGCCUCAGCCUUCUGUUUGCUCUGCUGCGGCAGAGCUGGAUGAUGCCUCCUCCACCUAGCCCCGGUGGAAGUCCUGGGGGCAACAUAAACUUGUGUAAUGAUGUCAUUCACACAGCCAUUGAUGUGGUCAGCUCCCUGCCACCUCUCUCCCUGGCCAACGAGAGCAAGAUCCCGCCGAUGGGCCUGGACUGCCUGGCCCAGGUCACCACUUUCCUGAAGGGGGUGACCAUGCCAAACUCUGGGGCGGAUAUUUUAGGGCGGCGACUCGCCUCAGAGCUGCUGCUAGGGCUGGCCUCACAGAGGGGCUCCCUGCGCUACCUGCUGGAGUGGAUUGAGAUGGCCUUGGCUGCAUCAGCUGUGGUCAGUGCCAUGGAGGAGAACAAGGUGCUACAGAACCAAGAAGGGCUCAUCGGAUAUGACUGUUUCAUGAACAUCCUCAUGCAGAUGAGACGUUCUCUGGGCUCCUCAGCAGAUCGCAGCCAGUGGAGAGAACCCACACGGACCUCUGAUGGCUUGUGCUCAUUGUACGAGGCAGCACUCUGUCUUUUUGAAGAGGUAUGUCGUAUGGCAUCAGACUACUCUCGCACCUGUGUCAGCCCGGACAGCAUACAGACCGGCGAGGCCCCCGUGGUGUCUGAAAGCUGAGAGGUGUAUGUGUGGGGCAGUAACAGCAGCCACCAGCUCGUGGAGGGUACGCAGGAGAAGAUCCUGCAGCCCAAGUUGGCCGCCAGCUUCGCCGAUGCACAGACAAUUGAGGCGGGUCAGUACUGCACUUUCGUCAUCUCCUCUGACGGCUCUGUUCGGGCCUGCGGGAAGGGCAGCUAUGGCCGCCUGGGCCUCGGGGACUCCAACAACCAAUCAACGCUCAAGAAGCUGACCUUUGAACCUCACCGUGCCAUCAAGAAGGUGUCGUCAUCCAAGGGCUCAGAUGGCCACACGCUGGCCUUCACCACGGAGGGCGAGGUGUUCAGCUGGGGUGAUGGUGAUUACGGCAAACUGGGUCACGGGAACAGCUCAACACAGAAAUACCCCAAACUGAUCCAGGGGCCGCUGCAGGGGAAGGUGGUGGUGUGUGUGUCUGCUGGAUACAGACACAGUGCUGCAGUCAGUGAGGAUGGAGAGCUGUACACAUGGGGUGAAGGAGAUUUUGGGCGAUUAGGUCACGGUGACAGCAACAGCCGAAACAUUCCUACCCUGGUUAAAGACAUCAGCAACGUGGGAGAGGUGUCAUGUGGUAGCUCCCAUACCAUCGCACUGUCAAAGGAUGGACGCACUGUAUGGUCCUUUGGAGGAGGGGACAACGGGAAACUAGGUCAUGGUGAUACUAAUCGAGUCUACAAGCCAAAAGUAGUGGAGGCCCUGCAAGGGAUGUUCAUCAGGAAAGUGUGUGCAGGAAGCCAGUCGUCUCUCGCCUUAACCUCCACCGGACAGGUGUAUGCAUGGGGCUGUGGUGCUUGCCUGGGAUGUGGGUCCUCUGAGGCCACAGCGCUCAGACCCAAACUCAUUGAGGAGCUGGCUACCACCAGGGUGGUGGACAUCUCCAUAGGGGAUAGUCACUGCCUGGCUCUGUCACAUGACAAUGAAGUGUACGCAUGGGGCAACAACUCCAUGGGCCAGUGUGGUCAGGGGAACUCCACAGGGCCGAUCACGAAGCCCAAGAAGGUCGUCGGGCUGGACGGAGUCGCUAUUCAGCAGAUCUCAGCCGGCACGUCCCACAGCCUGGCAUGGACCGCUCUGCCCAGAGACAGGCAAGUGGUGGCUUGGCACCGGCCCUACUGUGUCGACCUCGAAGAAAGUACCUUCUCACACUUGCGCUCCUUCCUCGAGCGCUACUGUGACGGCAUCAACAGUGAAGUUCCUCCUCUCCCGUUCCCCUCAUCCAGGGAGCAUCAUAACUUCCUAAAGCUGUGCCUUCGGCUCUUGUCCAAUCAUCUGGCUCUGGCCCUUGCUGGGGGCGUGGCCACCAGUAUCUUAGGUCGGCAGGCCAGGCCCCUGAGGAACCUGCUGUUCAGACUGAUGGACUCCUCUGUGCCAGAUGAGAUUCAGGAGGCAGUGAUUGACACUCUGUCUGUGGGGGCGACCAUGUUGCUGCCUCCGCUGAGAGAGAGGAUGGAGCUCCUCCACUCGUUGCUGCCUCAGGGCCCUGACAGAUGGGAGAGUCUCUCCAAAGGACAGAGGAUGCAGCUGGACAUCAUCCUGACCAGUCUGCAGGACCACACCCACGUGGCCUCGCUCCUGGGUUACAGCUCUCCUGCUGACGGCCCCGAGGUUCUGACCUCCGGCCAGGGCUUCACAGCCUCGCCGGACCCCACGUACAGCGCCACAGCCGGCCACCCUGACACCCACCUGGCUGAGAUCCUGAUGAAGACGCUGCUCAGGAAUCUGGGCUUUUAUACUGAUCAGGCAUUCGGUGAGCUGGAGAAGAACAGCGAUAAGCUGCAGCAGGGCACGUCCUCCUCUGACAGCAGCCAACCAGCUCACCUCCACCAACUGCUGUGUUCCUUACAGAAGCAACUGUUAGCUUACUGCCACAUUAACUCUGUCACUGAGAACUCCAGCAGCGUGGCAUUACUCCACAAGCACCUGCAGCUCCUGCUGCCUCACGCCACAGAUAUCUUCUCCCGCUCAGCUGCUCUGAUAAAAGAGAGUUCUUGGAACGGCAACAUACGAGAGAAGCUACAGGAUGUGAUCUACGUGUCCGCAGCAGGCAGCAUGCUUUGCCAGAUAAUCAACUCGUUGCUGCUGCUCCCGGUGUCGGUGGCGAGGCCUCUACUGAGCCACCUGCUGGACCUGCUGCCUCCUCUGGACCGCCUCAACAGGCUGCUCCCUGCUGCCUCCCCGCUGGAGGACCAGGAGCUGCAGUGGCCUCUGCACGGUACCUCUGACUUCGCUGAGCCAGCCUCAGGUAUGUCCCUGCCACAGCAGGCGCUCUCCUGGGUGUGGCUCGUGGAUCUGGAGAGGACAGUCGCCCUGCUGGUGGGCCGCUGCCUCGGUGGGAUGCUCCAGGGAGCUCCGACCUCACUGGAGGAGCAGGACACUGCUUACUGGCUCAAAACGCCACUCUUCAGCAACGGCUUGGAAAUGGAGAUCCCACAGCUCGACACCUGCAUCAGCUCAUUACUGGAGGCGGCACUGUCUGGUAAUGAAGAGCAGAAGCCCUUUGACUGCACGCUGCGUCCUGACUUGAGUGUCCUGGUGGAUUUGGCUCUGUGUUCCUCUAAAGAACCUGCCAACAGCCUCUGGAUCAACAUGCAGGACUACGCCAUGAGCAAAGACUGGGACAACGCGUCUCUCAGUAAUGAGUCCCUGUUGGACACUGUUUCCAGGUUUGUGCUGGCAGCCUUAUUGAAGCACACAGGGCUGUUGGGCCAAGCCUGUGGGGAGGGCAGGUACCAACCAUCAAAGUCCCUGGCGGAGGUCUAUCGCAGUGUUUACAAGGUACGAAACCGCCUGCUGGCCUGUAAGAAUAUGGACUUCAUCCAGACAAGAUCCUCUUCACGUGAGAGGAGGAUCUCAGACAAUCAGGACUCUCUGGACAUGGACCCUCAGGAGCACUCGUUCACACGCACCAUCGACGAGGAGGCGGAGCUUGAAGAGAGAGCGGACCGUGAGAGGGAGGAGGGCCAUCAGGAACAAGACGAUGAAGAGGAGGACCGGGAACACGAAGUGAUGACGGCUGGAAAAAUCUUUCAAUGUUUCCUCUCAGCGCGGGAGGUCGCUCGCAGUCGGGACAGAGAACGGGCCAGCAGCAGCACUGGACUGGGUUCCGGCUCUGUGUCCAGGAGUGGAGGAGGAGGAGGAGGAGGAGGAGGAGGAGAGGAGGACACCAUUCUAUCUCAGGAGGGGAGGAGGGGCAGUACGGGUCUCCCCGAGGGUCAGGACCUGUACACAGCCGCCUGUAAUUCUGUGAUCCACCGCUGCGCCCUGCUGCUGCUCGGGGUGAGCCCCGUGCUGGGUGAGCUGAGCAAGCAGAACCAGGAGGAGGGUCAGACGCAGUCGGCCACAGGAACACAGGAGUGUCUGAGCUUCAUGACCAGGAGCGAGAGUCUGAGUGCAGAGAGCCGCUCGGUGCAGAGCAGCCCCAGUUACAGACUGAUGAAGUCCAGGAGCGAGUCUGACCUCUCCCAGCCCGAGUCAGACGAAGAGGGUUACACUCUGAGUGGGAGGAGAAAUGUCGACCUGGACUUGGCGUUCUCUCACAAAAAGAGAGGCUUCCUUCACAGCUCUCCAGACUCCCUGGCCGAGUCCUGGUUCAGGGCCAAAUUGAGCCGCCAGCGGAGCUACAGCUCGGCACACUCCUAUGAAGAGUCAGACCUGGACCUGAGCCGCUCACUGGGCAUCCAUGCUCUCAUUGAUAACAUGGUCAGCUUCAUCAGUGGAGAUGUGGGCCUGGCUCCAGCCUUCAAGGAGCCAGAGGAGAGUAUGUCCACCAGCCCACAGGCAACGAUCCUGGCCAUGGAGCAGCAACAGAGCCGGGCAGAGCUGCGGUUGGAGGCACUCCACCAGAUCGUGGUGUUGAUCUCCGGCAUGGAGGAGAAGGGCAGCCAGCCCGGGAACGCAGAUCGAUCCAGCAGUGCCUUCCAGUCCUCCUCCCUGCUCACCUCCGUCAGGCUGCAGUUCCUGGCAGGUUGUUUUGGCCUCGGCACCGUGGGCACCGGAGGGCUGAAGAGGGAGAGCGUGCAGCUACAUCACUAUCAGGACGGAGUUAAAGCAGCGAAGAGGAGCCUCCAGAUGGAAAUCCAAACAGCUGUUCAUAAGAUCUACCAGCAGCUGUCUGUCACACUGGAGAGGGCGCUGCAGGCAAACAAACACCACAUAGAAGCCCAGCAGCGCCUCCUGCUGGUGACUGUGUUCGCACUGAGCGUUCGCUACCAGCCAGUGGACGUGUCCCUGGCCAUCUCCAGUGGACUGCUCAACGUGUUGUCCCAGCUCUGUGGGACAGAGACGAUGCUGGGGCAGCCGCUCCAGCUGCUGCAGAAACCCGGAGUGUCCCAGCUCAGCACCGCCCUCAAGGUGGCGUCCACCCGCCUGCUGCAGAUCCUCGCCAUCAGCACCGGAACAUAUGCAGACAAGUUGAGUCCCAAAGUCGUCCAGUCGCUGCUGGAUCUGCUCUGCAGUCAGCUGAAGAACCUGCUGUCUCAGGCCGGAGUCAGUCUCCUGUCCUCUGGGAAAGACCAGGAAGACAGCAAACAUGAGGACAGUGCGGACUCUGAGAAGAAAGACUUCAGAGCAUUAAUCCGUAAGCAGCACACUGCUGAGCUUCAUCUCGGAGACUUCCUCGUCUUCCUCAGGAGGGUGGUGUCCUCCAAGGCCAUCCAGUCCAAGAUGGCCUCCCCUAAAUGGACUGAAGUGCUGCUCAACAUCGCAGCGCAGAAAUGCUGCUCAGGGGUCCCUCUGGUGGGAAACUUGAGAACUCGGCUCCUCGCUCUUCACGUGUUGGAGGCUGUCCUUCCUGCCUGUGAGGCCAACAUGGAGGACGACCAGAUGACACAGGUCGUUGAGCGUCUGUUCGCCCUGUUGUCUGACUGCAUGUGGGAAGCUCCUGUCGCUCAGGCCAAACACUCGGUCCAGAUCAAAGAAAAAGUUCAGGAACUCAAACUGCAGGGAGAGGCAGAGGAGGAGGACGAGAACCUUCCCAUUCAGGAAGUGUCCUUUGACCCGGAGAAGGCUCAGUGCUGUGUGGUGGAGAAUGGCCAGGGGCUGACGCAUGGCAGUGGGGGGAAAGGCUACGGCCUGGCGUCCACUGGGAUCUCCUCUGGAUGUUACCAGUGGAAGUUUUACAUCGUGAAGGAGAACCGAGGCAAUGAGGGCACGUGUGUGGGUGUUUCACGAUGGCCAGUGCACGACUUCAACCACCGCACCACAUCAGAUAUGUGGCUGUACCGAGCGUACAGCGGGAACCUGUAUCACAACGGGGAGCAAACACUGACGCUCAGCAGCUUCACUCAGGGAGACUUCAUCACCUGCGUCCUGGACAUGGAGGCCAGAACAAUCUCCUUUGGCAAGAACGGAGAGGAACCAAAGUUAGCCUUCGAGGAUGUCGACGCCACAGAGCUCUACCCCUGUGUGAUGUUCUACAGCAGCAACCCAGGAGAGAAGGUGAAGAUCUGUGACAUGCAGAUGAGGGGGACGCCUCGAGACCUCUUACCUGGUGACCCAGUCUGCAGCCCCAUGGCCACCGUCUUGGCCGAGGCCACCACACAGCUGAUCCGCAUCUUACAUCGCACCGACCACUGGACGCAUCGCAUCAACAAGACCAUGAUCGAGCGCCUCCACAAGAUCAAACCUUGCUUCAGAGAGUCCGCCAGUGCCUCAGGCGGCAGUGGGGGUCAGCGGCUGAAGAAGAGUCGCUCUGUGCAGAGCCGUGAGGAGCACGAUGCCCAGAGAGAAAGCCAAGAAACACCCACCAGGACGGAGGAGGAGAGGGGACGCCACGGACGGCAGCACGGCCUGGGGGAGCUGUCGGAGCACCACCUGAGGACGCUCUGCACGGAGGUUUGGCCGGUCCUGGCGGUGAUCGGAGGGGCAGACGCAGGCCUACGUGUAGGUGGGCGAUGUGUGCACAAGCAGACGGGGAGGCACGCUACUCUGCUGGGCGUGGUGAAGGAAGGCAGCACCUCAGCGAAGGUGCAGUGGGACGAGGCUGAGAUCACCAUCAGCUUCCCAACUUUCUGGUCGCCUAGUGACACUCCACUAUACAACCUGGAUCCCUGCGAGCCGCUGCCCUUCGACGUGGCGCGUUUCCGCGGCCUCACCGCCUCGCUGCUGCUGGACCUCACCUACCUCACCAGCAUCCACGAGGAAACCGCUGCCAAGCUCAGCGCACGUCGCCAUGAAAAGAAGCAUCGCAAUGCAGCCUCGACCGGGCACGAACCAACCAGUAAUGAAGAGAAGGCGGAGAGCGAGGGGCACAGCCGUAAUGAACAAAAGGAGAACACUGGAGCCUCAUCAGGAGCAGCUCCAAACACCACGACCUCUGACCUGCGUGUGUCCCACAGCCUGGAUGAGGUGAAAGCACACGUGGCUCCAAACUCUAAGUCAGAAAGUGAGAUCUCCUCUGUGGUUAGCGGAGGGGCAGGAGGGAACGAGACCCUUUUCACCACAGCUCCUCACACUCCUGCUGAGGGGAACAGGAAGAAAGGUCAUGAGCACGGCUCCCGCAGUCACGAGCCGUCUCCUUCCUGCAUCGCCACGCAGUCUGAGAUCCACGCUGUGCAGCUGUCAUAUCUCUACCUGGGAGCCAUGAAGACCCUCAGCGCCCUGCUCAGCUGCAGCAAGUAUGCUGAGCUGCUGCUCAUACCAAAGGUGUUACCGGAAGCACCCAGCGGGCACAACGCUGAUCUGAAUGCCAGCACCAGUGGAAGCACAGCUGCCACCUCGCCGGUGUGCCAGGAGGAAGUGGAGAUGCGUGCGGCUCUGCAGUUCCUCAUGCGCCAUAUGGUGAAGCGGGCAGUGAUGCGCUCCCCCAUCAAGCGAGCUCUGGGCCUGGCGGACCUGGAGAGGGCGCAGGCCAUGAUCUACAAGCUCGUUGUGAACGGGCUGAUGGAGGAGCCCAGCGGGGGAAAGGCUAAGCCCGGAGUGAGGAGUGAACCGGAAGGUGAGGGGGAAGGUACAGAGGGUGAGCAGUUGGCACAGACCCCAGUCACCACCAGCCCCUCUGCCUCCAGCACCACCUCCUUCAUGAGCUCCUCGCUGGAGGACACCACCACUGCUACAACACCCGUCACAGACACAGAGACCGUCCCUGCCUCAGAGUCCCCGGGGGUCAUGCCUCUCAGCCUUCUCAGGCAAAUGUUCUCGAGCUACCCAACCACCACCCUCGUUCCAACCCGUCGAGCUCAGACUCCUCCUGUGUCCUCUCUGCCAACGUCUCCCUCUGAUGAGGUUGGCCGCCGGCAGAGUCUCACCUCCCCUGACUCGCAGCCCUCCAGACCACAGAACAGGACGGGUACCUCUCUGUCGGACCCCAGCAGCAGGCUGUCAACAUCUCCUCCUCCUCCCGCCAUCGCUGUGCCUCUGCUGGAGAUGGGCUUCUCUCUGCGCCAGAUCACCAAAGCUCUGGAAGCCACCGGUGCUCGAGGAGAAGCAGAUGCUCAGAACAUCACAGUGCUGGCCAUGUGGAUGAUAGAGCAUCCAGGCACAGAGGAUGAACAUGACGAGCCUCACACCAGAGGCAGCGGCGUUGGCGGUGACGGGUCGGAUUCGUCCUGUCCGGGCGCGAUGGCCUCAGCUGGAGGCAAAUCUCUGGACAGGAGCCCGUACCUGUGCUCUCCCGGAGACAUUGCCAGUGCAGACGCUUCGGAAAUGGAGGAGGGCUUCAGUGAGAGUCCUGAGGGCCUGGAGCAGGACAGUGCAUCAGCCUCCAGCGGCGGUCCGCUCAGAGGCCGCUCUGCUGCUGGCAGGAAACACCGCUUUGACCUGGCAGCUCGCACACUGUUGGCCCGCGCUGCUGGACUGUACCGCUCGGUGCAGGCUCACCACAGCCAAUCACGACGGGAGGUCUCAUCGCUCCAACAGCAGCAGGACCCUGGCGCUCUUUACGACUUCAAACUGGAUGAAGAGCUGGAGAUGGACCUGGACGAGGAGACCAUGGAGGCCAUGUUUGGCCAGGACCUCGCCAGCGACACCGACAUUCUGGGAAUGUGGAUCCCGGAGGUACUGGACUGGCCAACAUGGCACGUGUGUGAGACAGACGAUCGAGACGAAGUGGUGGUGUGCGAGCUGUGCGAGGCCAACGUGGCCAACUUCAAUCAACACAUGAAGAAGAGUCACCCGGGCUGCGGCCGCAGCGCCAACCGCCAAGGCUACCGCAGCAACGGCUCCUACGUGGACGGCUGGUUUGGAGGCGAGUGUGGGAGCGGAAACCCUUACUACCUGCUGUGUGGCGGCUGCAGAGAGAAGUACCUGGCCAUCAAAAGCAAAGCCAAAGUCCCCAUCGUGGAGAGGUAUAAGGGGCAGGCUCCCGACCUCCUGGGGAAGCAGGACAGUGUCUAUGAAGAGGACUGGGACAUGCUGGACGUUGAUGAAGAUGAGAAACUGACGGGUGAAGAGGAGUUUGAGCUGUUGGCCGGCCCGUUGGGUCUCAGUGAGCGCAGGAUCGUCCCCGAGGCAGUCCAGUUCCCCGACAGUGAUCCGCUGGGAGCGUCUGUUGCCAUGGUGACAGCCACCAACAGCAUGGAGGAGACCCUGCUGCAGAUCGGCUGUCAGACCUCAGUGGAUAAGAGUUCAUCAGGAAGAGUGACCCUCGGCGAGCAGGCAGCGGCCCUCCAGAACCCCCACGACCGAGUGAUGGCUCUGAGGAGGGUGACGGCUGCGGCCCAGGUGCUGCUGGCCAGGACCAUGGUGAUGAGAGCGCUGUCCCUGCUGUCUGUCAGCGGCUCGAGUUGCAGCCUUGCAGCAGGUCUGGAGUCUCUGGGUUUAACUGACAUCAGGACUCUGGUCAGGCUGAUGUGCCUGGCGGCAGCAGGCCGAGCCGGUCUCUCCACUAGUCCCACAUCCGGCUCCAGCCACGCUGAGAGGCCCCGCGGGGCCGCCAAGGCCAGCAAACCCAUCUCCUGUUUGGCUUACCUCAGCACAGCUGUGGGCUGCUUGGCCUCCAACAGUCCCAACGCCGCCAAGCUGCUGGUGCAGCUCUGCACUCAGAACCUGAUCUCCGCAGCUACCGGUAUGAAUCUGACCACCGUGGACGACCCCAUCCAGAGGAAGUUCCUGCCCAGCUUCCUGCGCGGCGUGGCUGAGGAGAACAAGCUCGUCACAUCUCCAAACUUUGUGGUCACGCAGGCUCUGGUGGCGCUGCUGGCAGAUAAAGGAGCCAGACUCAGACCUGUGUAUGACAAGGCUGAUAUGGAGAAAAGAGGGCCUCUGGAGCUGGCCAACGCUCUGGCGGCCUGUUGCCUGUCCUCCAGGCUGUCCUCACAGCACCGUCAGUGGGCCGCCCAGCAGCUGGUCCGCACGCUGGCCGCCCACGACCGCGACAACAACCAGAGCCGGCCGCAGACCUUUGCCGACAUGGCAGGGGACCUGCGGAAGUGCUCCUUCAUCAAGCUGGAGGCUCACCAGAGCAGAGUCAUCACGUGUGGGUGGUGCAGUAAGAAAGGCCUGCUGGCUACGAGUGGCAACGAUGGGACGGUCAGGAUGUGGAACGUAACCAAGAACCAGUACACCCUGCAGCAGACCUGCAUCUUCAAUAAGGAUGACGGCUCUUCAGAGGAGGGUGUGUCAGGUUUGGGAUCUCCCAGCGACCCCUGUCUGUCUCCUCUGGCCUGGAGUGUCACUGGAAAAUAUCUGGCGUCUGCCAUGGAGAAAAUGGUCAACAUCUGGCAAGUUAACGGCGGUAAGGGCCUGUUAGACAUGCAGCCUCACUGGGUGUCGGCGUUGGCUUGGCCUAAAGAGGAAGCAGAGUCUUUGUGGUGCGGGGAACCCAAAGACAUGCUGCUGGUGGGACGUAUGGACGGGUCUCUGGGCCUCAUUGAGGUGCUGGAUACCUCCAUGAUGCACCGCACCGAGCUGGAGCACUGCUACAGGAAAGAUGUGGCGGUGAUGCACAUAGCCUGGUACAGUGAAGACAAGCCUUUUGCUGUGGGCUACGCAGAUGGCAAGCUGCUGAUUGGAUCCAAAGAGCCUUUAGAAAAAGGAGCCAUCGUGGUCAUUGAUGCACACAAGGAGUCCAUCACCAGUAUGAAGUGGAGCCCUACUGGGGAGAUCCUGCUGACUUGUGCCAAAGAGGACACAGUGAAGCUGUGGGCCAGUCCCGACCCUCACUCCAACUCAGGCUCCGGCUCCAGCUGGCGCUGCCUGCAGAGUCUGAGACAUCCCUCCCCGGUGAACGGUGUGGCCUGGUGCAGCCUGCUGGGACGCGGCCCGAAGGCCCUCAGCAUGUUGGCCAUAUGCUGUCAGAACGGUCUGGUCACCGUCUGGACUGUUCCUCAGGACAUUUCUAACUUUCCAGAAUCCUCUUCGUCUGAGUCGGAGGGAUGGUGGGAAAAUGAAACAAAACCCAAAUUCAUGUCUUCCCGGUGGUCAGGAGACGGAGCGACGUGUGUUUUCCAGCUGAAAGGCCACAUCACUCCAGUCAGAACGUUGGCCUUCAGCCCCGAUGGUCUGGCUCUGGCAUCUGGAGGAGUCGGAGGCCUCAUGAACAUCUGGUCCCUGCGGGACGGGUCGGUGCUUCAGACAGUAGUAGCCGGUUCAGGUGCGAUCCAGAACAUCGUCUGGAUCCCAGAUGUGGGCGUCGCUGUCUGCUCCAACAGGUCCAAGGAUGUGCUGGUCGUUAACUGCUCCAAAGAGUUCAUGGCGUCCAGCCACGUGCUGGCCACCUGCCGCACUGCUCUGAAGAAGCAGGGCGUGGUCGGUCUCAACAUGGCACCCUGCAUGAGGGCCUUCCUGGAGAGACUGCCGGUCAUGCUGCAGGAGCAGUACGCCUACGAGAAGCCUCACGUCGUCUGUGGGGAGCAGCUCGUCCACAGCCCCUACAUGCAGUGCCUGGCCUCCCUGGCUGUGGGUCUCCACCUGGACCAGCUCCUGUGUCGCCCCCCUGUACCGCCUCACCUCCGACACUGCCCACCAGAGUCUGGCACCGCCGUCUGGUGUGCCAGCGAGUGGGCCUGGUUGGACUGUUUCUCUACGACAGUCAAGGCAGCGGAGGCUCUCGCUCGAGGCGCCACCUUCUCCGAGUCGUUCUCUGUUCCCGACCUGGAGCCUGUGCCCAAAGAUGAGAUGGCUCUGCUCAUGGACAACAGUAAAUGGGCGUCUGGUAUGGAUGAACAGAUCAUGUCCUGGGCCACCUCCAGACCAGAGGACUGGCACCUGGGGGGGAAGUGUGAUGUGUAUCUGUGGGGUGCAGGGCGACACGGCCAGCUGGCAGAGGCCGGCAGAAACAUCCUGGUGCCAACCACCGCCUCGUCCUUCUCUCAGGCUCAACAGGUGGUGUGUGGUCAGAACUGCACCUUUGUGAUCCAGCCAAACGGGACAGUGUUGGCCUGUGGCGAGGGCAGCUACGGCCGUCUGGGUCAGGGAAACUCUGACGACCUGCACGUUCUCACCGUCAUCUCAGCUCUUCAAGGUUUUGUUGUAACUCAGCUGGUGACAUCCUGCGGCAGUGACGGUCACUCCAUGGCUCUGACGGAGAGCGGUGAGGUGUUCAGCUGGGGCGACGGUGACUAUGGCAAGCUUGGCCACGGGAACAGCGACCGCCAGCGCCGACCGAGGCAGAUCGAGGCGCUGCAAGGAGAGGAAGUGGUGCAGAUGUCCUGUGGGUUCAAACACUCAGCGGUGGUAACAGCUGAUGGAAAGCUGUUCACGUUUGGGAACGGUGAUUACGGCAGACUGGGUUUAGGAAACACCUCCAACAAGAAGCUGCCUGAGAAGGUCACCGCUCUGGAGGGCUACCAGGUCGGACAGGUGGCGUGUGGUUUGAACCACACUUUAGUCAUCUCCGCUGACGGGAUGAUGGUUUGGGCGUUUGGUGACGGAGACUACGGAAAACUAGGACUCGGGAACUCCACAGCCAAGUCCUCGCCUCAGAAAGUGGACGUGUUGUGUGGAAUCGGCAUCAAGAAGGUGGCGUGUGGGACUCAGUUCUCUGUGGCUUUAACCAAAGAUGGCAAAGUUUACACAUUUGGUCAAGACCGCCUUAUAGGUCUGCCAGAAGGUCGAGCCAGGAACCACAACCGACCUCAGCUGGUGCCGGCUCUGGCGGGGAUCCACAUCCAGGACGUGGCUGUGGGAGCUGAACACACUCUGGUGCUCUCCUCCACGGGAGAGGUUUACACCUGGGGCAGCAACUCUGAGGGCCAGCUUGGUCUGGGACACACCAACCACGUCAGAGAACCGACAGUGGCGACGGCGCUGCAGGGUAAAAACAUUCACCAGAUCUCUGCUGGACGCUGCCACAGCGCUGCAUGGACGGCUCCCUGUGUGCCGCCUCGAGCGCCAGGCUCAUCGGUUCCUCUCCAGCUGGGUCUCCCUGUGGCGGUGCCUCCUCAGUACAGCGGGCUGAAAGAGGUCAGCAUCGAGGCGGUGAGGGCUCGACUGCGACUCCUCUACCACUUCUCUGACCUCAUGUACUCCUCGUGGAGGCUGCUCAACCUCAGCCCCAACAACCAGAGCUGUACGUCCCACUAUAACGCUGGUACCUGGGGGAUCGUUCAGGGCCAGCUGAGGCCCCUGCUGGCCCCCAGAGUGUACACUCUGCCCAUGGUGCGCUCCAUCGGUAAGACCAUGGUGCAGGGUAAAAACUACGGCCCCCAGAUCACCGUCAAACGGAUCUCCACACGAGGACGGAAAUGUAAACCCAUCUUCGUACAGAUCGCUCGUCAGGUUGUGAAGCUGAACGCCUCGGACCUCCGACUGCCCUCCAGAGCCUGGAAGGUCAAACUUGUAGGCGAGGGGGCUGAUGACGCCGGAGGGGUCUUUGAUGACACCAUCACAGAGAUGUGUCAGGAGUUGGAGACGGGAGUGGUCGACCUGCUCAUCCCCUCACCCAACGCCACAGCAGAGGUCGGCUACAACAGAGACAGAUUCCUCCUGAACCCGUCUGCCUGCCUGGACGAGCACAUGCUCCAGUUUAAGUUCCUGGGCAUCCUGAUGGGCGUGGCCAUCCGCACCAAGAAGCCCCUGGACCUCCACCUGGCUCCGCUGGUGUGGAAACAGCUGUGAUGCAUCCCCCUGCUGCUGGAGGACCUGGAGGAGGUCGACCUCCUUUAUGUGCAGACGCUCAAAAGCAUUCUUCACAUUGAAGACAGCGGCAUCACCGAGGAGAAUUUCCAUGAGGUGGGAAACAUUUUUGAUUCUCAUGUGAAGGUGACGAUGGUCACAGUUUGUAGGUUGUGGGUUUUCACAUUGUUUUAUGGAAUGUGUGAGUGGGUGAAGUCUCAAACAUUAACCCCUGUCCUGUCCCUGCUCCUCCGUCAGGUGGCGGCGGUGCGUGAGGGCAUGUCGUGGAUCGUGCCCGUGCCGCUGCUCUCCCUGCUGACGGCCAAGCAGCUGGAGCAGAUGGUGUGCGGCAUGCCGGAGAUCUGCUGCGACGUGCUGAAGAAGGUGGUGCGCUACAGAGAGGUGGAUGAGCAGCACUCCCUGGUGCAGUGGUUCUGGCAGACGCUGGAGGAAUUCUCCAACGAGGAGCGAGUCCUCUUCAUGCGCUUCGUCUCUGGACGCUCCAGGCUGCCCGCCAACACGGCCGACAUCUCUCAGAGGUUUCAGAUCAUGAAGGUGGACAGGCCGUACGACAGCCUGCCGACCUCUCAGACCUGCUUCUUCCAGCUGCGUCUGCCUCCGUACUCCAGCCAGGCCGUCAUGGCGGAGCGGCUGCGUUACGCCAUCAACAACUGCCGCUCCAUCGACAUGGACAACUACAUGCUCUCCAGAAACGUGGACAACGCGGAGGGCUCCGACACGGACUACUGACACAGGCACUUCACACGCACACAUGAAUAAACAACAAGCGGCCACACGGACUUUAUCUGAACACACACACAUGGACUGUACGAGAAUACACACGCACACACAGACACAUACACACACAGACACAUACACACACACACAGAUGCUUGGUCAUCAGUGCACCAGUCGUAGGGAACUCCUGAGCUGACGGGCCACUUUUUAAAUCAUUUUAUGUAUUUCAAACGGCACAGAUUUCAUUUCUCCUCGUGGUUUAUUAGCAGUUUUUAAAUGACACAAAAAUCCACACGAGAAGUGCAUUUAGUGUUUUGUUUUUUGUUUUUUUUUUUUGCUCAUUACUCCACAUCCCAUUUUCAGGGUUUCUGCAUGGAGGUUUGUUUAUUUGUUUGGAAAUGUGUAUAGAAUAUUCAGGCGAGCGCUGGAGGAAAAAAAGAAUAUUGUACAUUGUGUAAAAUGCUUCAUUAGGAAAAUGUUUUGCAUAAUAUCCAUAUUUAUUGUUUUCAUUGCCGACGCCGAGUUUCCCUGAAGCAUACAAAAAAAACAACAAUAAAUGCUGCAGAAUUGA